AUGUUGCCUGGGUCGGCAAGGUUGGAUUCCCAACCGUACGAUCGCCAUCUUGCGGUUCACCCACAUUCCUCUGCCCAGCUACCCCAGGACGCCUGGGCACUUCGUUCCUUUGACCGUCUCUCUCCCUCUCCUCUUCUCCUCCUUCGCUAUCGUUGCUGUCAUCUUGUAUCCCCUGCUCCUCGCUAUAAGCCAUUUGCCCCGCCGCUUGGAUCGCAUUUUCAGGCCCUCCUCCUUCGCCGCUUCCUCCUUGUCGGCCCGUACUCCGACACCUUCCUUCUCGUGAUGGUGAUUGCUGACGGGCCGGAGCCAUCGCCAGUGCGCGCUGCCGUUGUAUCAGUGGUGCGCAAAAACUCACCGCCGGCGACUGCAUCGGCAAACGUCGCGGCGAAGCCGCCAUUUCCGCCUGCCACGAAAACCAUGUCGUCGCCAACUGGUGGGCCUGCGGCAGCAAUUUCUCAGUCCCCGGUCGCGACGUCGCAUCCGGCUGCUGUGGUUGCUCCUCCCGCUCCCGUUCGCCAGGAGCCCAUGCACGUGGCACCUUCUGCGGCUGUUGCGCCACCAGUUGCCCCCGUCCUUGCCGCCCCGAUUGUCGCCGCUGCCUCUGCUGCUCUUGGCGGCGACUUGGUGCUAGCGGCGGUGUCCGCCACCACUGGCGGCCCGGCUCCAGCUGUGGUGCCUGCCAAGGCUGUUCAGUUGGCGCCUGUAGCUCCUCCGUUGGUUCCCUCUGGGCAGCUAUACCAUCACGACCCCAUUCGCCCUUCCGGCGAGAUGACCGGGAGUCGUCGCGUCAUCGACAUGAGUCUUCUCAGCGCCGCUCAUCGGGCGGGAACUGGCAAGCGCGAUGGGGUGGGCGAGGGGGCUGGAGGGGAAGUCACGGACGUGGACGUGGCGGGGCGUUUGAUGCGCCGAGGCCUCUACUCCAACUACCUCACGGGCACCAUGCCCAUCCCCUCCACCUCCCUUGUCGCUCUGGACGUGGGCUUUAACUACCUCUCUGGAACCUUCCCCAAGCUCUCCCUCGCAGUCUGUGCGGCCGACCAGAACUGCUUCCUCAUCUCCUCCUACUGCCGCACCUACAGCUCGAUGCAGCGCCCCACCUCCGCCUGCAGCAUCUGCGGCACGAUGGACGGGCAGGGAGAGCUGUGCAGUGGUGAUCUUUGUUCCGCCAACAGCUCUCUGCCAGUCAGCAAGGGAAUCGUCAAUACCCCUUCGGUGCCGCCAGUGUGA